GAAAUUUGUAAGGAGAGGACGUACACCAUGUCUGUUGCAUAUAAACUUGGUGAUUUAGUUUGGGCAAAAAUGAAGGGGUUCAGCCCUUGGCCCGGCCGGGUUGCCAUCCCUACUCCGGAGCUGAAACCUCCAAAGAAGGCAAUGAAUGUACAAUGCAUUUACUUUUUUGGAACUAAUAAUUAUGCCUGGAUUGAAGAGCAUAAUAUAAAGCCCUACCAGGAACACAAGGAGCAGCUGAUCAAGUCCUGCAAAACCGCAGCAUUUAAGGAAGCGGUCGCCCAAAUUGAGGAAUAUAUUGAAAAUCCUGAGAAAUUCGGUGAUUUCGAUGAACACGCUCGUAACCCUGAAGAGGAAUUCGACAAACUAAAAGAUGUCAUGAAAGAGGACAGCUCCGACGAGAAACCACCGGAGGAAGAGAUCACUACCCCCGAGGUUAAGAAAAAGAGCGCCACGCCUAAGAUACGUUUGGGCAUUUCAAAGGUGAAGUCUAUCAAGCGCUCAUCCUCGACCGGUCUCAAGGGGACGCCGCGCAAGAAGGUUAAGAGCAUCUCCCGCUCGUUCACGGACAGUGACAUGGCGAACGAGAAACCUUCCAUGUUGAAUCACUCGUUUUCGAAGAAGUCCAGUCUCUUGCAUCGUCCAUCGAAUAUACUGAGACCUGAGACGCCUCCGCUGGACUUGGAGAACGUGUCGGAGACGCUGCUGGAGAAGAACAUUAAAGCGAGCCAGAUGAAGUUCGGCUUCCUCGGGCUGGGCAUCAUGGGCGGCGGCAUCGUGAAGAACUUGCUGAACUCGGGACACAAGGUGCUCGUGUGGAACCGCACCGGGGCCAAGUGUAAAGAUUUCGAGAAGGUUGGCGCCACGAUUGCGGUGACUCCCUGCGAUGUUGUUGAAGAAGCGGAUAUCACAUUCUCUUGUGUUGCCGACCCACAGGCUGCUAAGGAGAUGGUGUUCGGCAAUUGCGGAGUCCUUCACUGUCCAUCUCUAGAAGGCAAAGGCUACGUAGAGAUGACGUCCAUCGACGCCGACACGUCGCACGACAUCGUCGAAGCUAUCAGUGGGAAGGGAGGCAGAUAUCUUGAAGCUCAGAUCCAGGGCUCCAAGACGCAGGCGGAGGAGGGCACGCUGAUCGUGCUGGCGGCGGGCGACCGCUCGCUGUUCGACGACUGCCAGUCCUGCUUCAAGGCCAUGAGCAAGAACUCCUUUUACCUCGGUAGCGAGAUCGGCAACGCGUCGAAGAUGAACUCCGUCCUGCAAGUGGUGGGCGGCGUGUCGCUGGCCGCGCUGGCCGAGGGGCUGGCGCUGGCCGACCGCGCCGGCCUCAGCCAGGCCGACCUGCUCGACGUGCUGGCGCUCACGCCGCUCGCCUCGCCGCACCUCAUCCUCAAGGGCAGGGCGAUGAUCGAGUCGUCGUAUUCCACGCACCAACCGCUGACUCACAUGCAGAAGGAUCUGAAGCUGGCCCUGGGGCUGGGCGACGCGCUGGAGCAGUCGCUGCCGCUGACGGCGACGACCAACGAGAUCUUCAAGCACGCCAAGCGCCUGGGCUACGCCAACCACGACGUGGCGGCCGUCUACAUCCGCGCGCGCUUCUGAUCUGUGGCGCCCCCCCCCCCCUCCCGCGCCUCCUACCUUCCGUAUGAGCGUCGUAUAUCGUCGUGAGAGUAAUCGUUGACUGUGUGAUGAGCGAUGUAGAGAAAUGGAACGAUAGAACAGUGAAUAUAUAAAUUUAUUUUAUUGUCUCGCCGUCGGUCGUUGCAGCAUCUCAAUAUUUCUCAAUGUUGUAACGUCGGUCCCCCGUGUUGUUAACGAUUUGUUUGAUCGAUGUUAACCGUAAGUUUGAGGAGUUAUCGACGAUAUUAAAAGAAUUACUUGAUUUAUAAUUUAAGUUAUCUUAAUGAAAUGAUAAUAAAAUCGAUUUUAGUACAUUCUCAUGGUUUUAUUUUAGCGUAGAAAGUAACGUUACUUGGAAUAGAGGACACUUUUUUUCAUUUGACGUUAUUAAAUUUGAUAACUGUUAUUUCACUAAUUUACUUCUAGAGACCUGACAAAUGAAACUUCAUUUUUACAAACGACGACAUAUUGAAACAAAAAAUUACAUGGUUGUUUUAAUUGCGAGUAAGUUUUUAUUAUGUUUUAAGUAUGUCAAUUUAGUUUAAGUUCAGACCGAUCAUUUGUGAGAUUGAGAUG